AUGGCGCUAGUGUCGCGAGCGGUUGCCGAAUGGCGACUCGCAAUUGCCUGCUUAGAUUCGAUAGAGUGUGAAGUUGAUACGAGGGAUGACUACGGGUACAGCUGGCUGAUGUUCGUCGACGACGCAUUAAAUCGGCACGUGUUGAACUUUUCAGUUCUACCCUCUCAUGGCAUGCGCUAUGGAAAACCUGACUUUUACUUAUACACUAGGAACAAUAGAGAAGUUCCAGAAGUGUUGUAUAUUCCUGAAGAUGAAGACCAUUUGAAGAGUACAUACUUCAAUGGCUCCAAUGACAUAAGAGUUGUGACACACGGCUGGAUGUCUGACUACCAGAUCGGCUGGCUGCAGACUAUCAAAGAUGCUUUCUUACGACACUACGAUUUAAAUGUAAUAACUGUUGACUGGGCGUAUCUCGCUAAAAAUCCGAUAUACCCAUGGUCAGCCUUAAGUACUCGGUUUGUGGGCAAACAAACAGCGAAAUUGCUUGAUGCAUGCACAAAUACCUAUGGUGUAGGACGUCACCGCAUGCAUUUGAUUGGACAUAGUCUAGGAGCUCAAGUCAUGGGGUAUGCUGGCAGGUUUCUGAACAGUGAAGUGCAUAGAAUAACUGGUCUAGAUCCAGCAAGGCCAUUGUUUGAAUUACCUCUAUUGCCAAUAGAAUUUCGUUUAGACCAAAGCGACGCGCACUUUGUUGAUGUAAUUCACACGUGCGCCGGACUGUUUGGUUACGAAGACAGCCACGGACACGCGGACUUUUAUCCAAACGAAGGCACCACCGAUCAACCGGGAUGUCCACCGAAACGAGAACUAUUAGAUAGCUGCAGCCACGGACGCUCCGCAAUUUACUUCGCUGAGUCGAUAGGAUAUCCACAAGGGAGAGGAUUCAGGGCUUACCCUUGCGAUAGCUGGGAAAAAUUUAAACUCGGUCUUUGCAGAAAGAAUAAAGCAAUAAUGGGAUAUCUCGCUUCCCGAGAUAGUAGAGGAGAUUACUAUCUUCACACAAAUAGCGCUCCACAGUACGCAAUAGAAGAUGCUUUUUGA